CUGUGCCGGAGGGUACCGUGCUGCUGCGGGCACCGGUGCCACCGAGCACUGGGACAGCCUUCCACCGAGCACUGGGACAGCCUUCUACCGAGCACUGGGACAGCCUUCCACCGAGCACUGCCACCACUUUCCACGGAGCAGUGCCACCAGCGGCCGCCCUGGGCAGGGUUGUGGCAGCCCGAUGGCUGUGGAUGCUGUCUCCGCGUGGCCCGGCAAUGGCAGUCGGGCUCUUUGCCCCGUGGAUUCCGCCUUCGCCCAGCGCUUCCUGCCCGCCGUGUACCUGACCGUGAUCCCCCUGGGGCUGCUGGGGAACGGGCUGGGGCUGUGGCACCUCUGCUCCGGGCCCCGCGAGGGUGCCCGCCAGCCCCUCAGCCUGCUGGUGGGCAACCUGGGGCUGGCUGACCUGCUCUAUGUCAGCACGCUGCCCUUCCUCGUCAGCUACUACCUGCGAGGCAGAGUGUGGCUCUUCGGGCAGGCCUGGUGCCGCCUCACCCGCAGCCUCUUCCACCUCAACCUGUACGCCAGCAUCGGCUUCCUCACCUGCAUCAGCAUCCACCGCUACCUGGGCAUCGUGCACCCGCUGAAGGCACGGGGCAGGUGCCAGGGGGCAGCCUCGUCGGCGUGGCUCAGCGUGACGGUCUGGGUGUGGGUCCUGGCACAGAUAGCCCCUGAUCUUGCCUUCAGCAAGACGGAUGACACGGGGACCAAGUGCCACGACACCACAGGACACGAGCACCUGGGCGUUUACCUGCCCUACACCUUUGUUGUCACCGUGACUGGGUUUGUCGUCCCGUUCCUCAUCAUCAUCGGGUGCUACUGCCACGUGGUGUUCGUGCUCUGCAGGAAUGACAGCGUGGACCCCAGCCUCAGGAGGAGAAGCAUCGGACUGGUGAUUCUCGUGAUGGUUCUCUUUUCCAUCUGCUUCCUCCCCUACCACAUCUUCAGAAACCUCAACUUGUUUUUUCGCUGGCAACCGCAAGGGUCCUGCACACAGGCUUCAAAGGAUGUCUACGUUUCCUACCAGGUGACUCGGGGCCUGGCCAGCCUCAACAGUGCCCUCAACCCCCUGCUCUAUGUGGUUACCAGCAAAGACUGGAGGUCACGAGUGAGGACCAUCCGCCAAAGCGCCAGACAGUGUCUGAGGCCACCCUUCCGGCGCACAGCCUCUUGCCAGGCAGCUGAGAAGAAGAGGAACAUCAUUCUUUGUAAGGGGGAGGCUUCUAAUGAGCUCUGAGGGACCUGACACCCCCACUUCUGCCACGUCAGCUUGUGCUUGGCCCCUCCCUGGGGGCAGCCCCCCACCUUGACAGAGCUUUGCAGAGAUGGUGACAGCAGCAUCGCGGGCUCCGUGCACACAAGGGAUAGACAGGACUGUCAGCAUCACAGAGAAAACUGGGACCAGAUUUCAAAAUCAAAGCCACUCAACCCAACCAUUUUGCCUACAGCACGCCUGGAGAUGGAAAGAGAUGAUCACGUUAGCUCCAGUCCAAAGUGUUUCCUCCAGCCCGUCAUGAGCAGUCUGAGCUGGUGAACAUCCCUUGCUUCCCAGCUCCUCUGACUGAGGGAUGGGAGGGAGUGACACCUUGUCCCUCCACUGCAUCCUCUCUACUCUACUGUACAAAGAGGAUUCCCUCUUUCACCUAAGGAGAGGUCCUGCAUUGCAGAACAGCUGAGAGGGUGAAUUUUUGCAGGGGGGAAGAGCUUUGGAAUGGAAAUAUUCAUUAAAAAAUCAGGUUUUAAGUACAUUACUUAGCUCUGCCAGUUCCUGGGUGACUGAGCUGUUCCAGGAUCUGUGGGAUCCUCUACUGCCCACCUCCUUUGCAGAAGAAAAAGACAUUACUGGCAUUACUCCCUCUCUUUUGGAAGAGCACAUAGCAGAACUUACAAAUAGGCAUUUCAAAGUUUUUGGAGGCUGUUGGUUGGGGUUUUAUUUUGGAAGGUGAAUGACUGCAGUAGCCUUAACUGCUUUCAGCAGGAAAAUGCCAGGAGAGUUUGCAAAUCUUCAGGUGGGUGUUUGCAUCUUGCAUCCAGCCUUGAAAGGGCAUUAGAUAUGACUUGUAAAAAUUAGAUGUGCAAAUAAAAGGAGAAGCAGCACUGGUGUGAAGGCUUGUGAAGGCAGGAUGUGAUGGUGAGGGCAGCUGUCUGUCAUCA